UAAAGAAACUGUCAAAUGUUGAUCAAUAGGUUUUUUCAGAUGUAACAAGAACCAGAAAAAAAACAAGAAACCACAUAACAUGAUAUGAUGAUAUUAGAGCAGCUACAAAUCUCUAAAUUAAGACAAAUUUUUUUUGUUAACAUCAAUAUUUUCUGUCGUAAUCCUUAAGGAAAUUUUACUUUUCUAGCAAGAAAAUAAAUCUGACAAAAACGAAUCUGAUUAACAAGGUAACUUACCACUAAUAGCUUCUGGUGUAAUAAAAUACUCUGUCAAAAAACUAGAAACAAGAACAAGUAUGGAAACUGUAACCUUCUAAAGAAUCAACGAUAAUGAUACAACAUGUAAACAUAAUAUUGCCUUCAAAUCUCGUCUUCAAAUACUCUAUUUUCUUUUUGCUUUUCUGCCUUAAAAACCUCUCUGCCUCUUCGAUUUGUUUUGUUUUUGUUUCUUCUCGCUAUGGUUAUCCUCCACGAGAUAAGCAAUGAAGCCAAGACCACAACGGAGACUUCAGGCUCAAGUAACUCUUUCUUGCGUCUCGCCACGAAACCUACUGUGUCUACAACCACAAGAAUUGCCUUGUCCAACACGGCGACAACAAAAUACAAGGGUGUGGUUCAGCAGCAGAACGGUCAUUGGGGUGCUCAGAUAUACGCAGAACACCGAAGGAUUUGGCUCGGGACAUUCAAAUCCGCUGCUGAAGCCGCGGCUGCCUACGAUAGCGCAUCUAUCAAGCUCCGAGGCUUUGACGCUAACUCGCACCGAAACUUCCCUUGGUCUGAACUCACGGUCCACGAACCGGACUUUCAAAUCCUCUACACGACAGAAGCUGUGUUGAACAUGAUCAGAGACGGAUCUUACCAUCACAAGUUCAGAGAUCAUGUCAUGUCGAGAUCUCGGAUGGCCAACUUCAACAUGGUGCAAUCAAAACAAGAAUCAAACAAGUGUUUCUCUUGCACGCAACUUUUCCACAAGGAACUGACACCGAGCGAUGUUGGUAAACUGAAUAGGCUUGUGAUACCAAAGAAGUAUGCAGUGAAGCAUUUACCUUUCAUAAGCGACGAUCAAGAAGAGGGUGAAGCCGUGGACGAUGUUGAGGUUGUGUUUUACGACAGUACGAUGAGACAGUGGAAGUUUAGGUAUUGUUACUGGAGAAGUAGCCAGAGCUUUGUCUUCACCAGAGGAUGGAACGGUUUCGUCAAGGAGAAGAAUCUCAAGGAGAAAGAUGUUAUUGUCUUUUACUCUUGCGAUGUACCGAGUAAUGUCAGGAGAUUAGAAGGGCAAAGAGACAAGUUCUUGAUGAUUGAUGUUGAUCACAAGGGUUUCGUGGCUCCCAAGGAAGAAAACAAAAUGGUUCAUAAUAGGUCUGAGGGAGAAAUGAAAACAGAAAACUUCUUUAACUCGAAGUUAGAAGAUGAAGAAACCAAGCAAGAGGAGAAGAAAGGAGGGUUUAUGCUGUUUGGUGUUAGGAUCCAAUAGCUACUUUGGUAUUAGGGAUUUUUUUUAGUAACUUAAUUAUAGUUUGGUCAUGAAUUUUAUUACGUAGCCUUUUGAUUUACAAGAAACUUGGUGUUUUGGUUUUGAUAUUAAACGUUAAGUACUACAAUCAGAUUUUUUUUUUGUUUCUUAUCUAACUAAAUAACAAUCAACAAGUUCCAGACAAAGCAUUGCAUCACAAUUCACAAAGGGAACCAUAGCAAACCAAUCAACAGAAGAAAGAGUACAAUGUUAGAGACAUAUAUAUACAACAUUUCACACCAAGCAAAUGACUCUUACAAGACACUUCUGACUGAGAUAUGCUUUUGAAAAAGCUUAGCUAAGGAGUGGAAAGUUAAAGAUGUGAAGUCUAGAAGAAAUGUUGGACCUCAUAUUAAUUCUCAAACAAAAAUGGGAUCUGUACCAACGCAGUGGCCCAGUGGUUCUGUGGAAGCUCAGUACCCUGGGUUUGAUCCCCGCUGGAUAAAGAUUACGGAACCGACUCUUGUCAUUGGCCUCCGGGAUUAGUCAGGUCUUUAUAGCCUAGUUGACCGGGUCAUAAAAAAAUGAGGAUCUCAAAUAAUUGUUUUUUCAUUGCUUAUUCGAGAAUUAUAUGAUUUUAAUGGUGAAUUUUCUUCUACUGCCCGUAUAAAUUGAAGAUAAAUUUUACACUGCACCCGGUAAAACUUUCGUCUAGCUCCGCCACUGUCUUCAAAACGUUUUGUACCUCCUCUGGCUGGACGCCUGAUAAGCCUUGGGAGUUUACUAUCGCAAGAAGAAGAAUGUGUUGAGAGGUGGAGAAGAGGAGAUGACUGCUGACGUGUAUUGAGAGUUGUUAUGAAACCGUUAUAAUCCGUUAGGAGUCUAUACAUAUCAUGGAGUAUAAAUAAGAGUUGUAAAAGGAAUAAGGGGGGGCUUUUGACUAUUGUGUAGUUGGAUCAAAGACUAGAGGUCUUGAUCGUUGGCUCUUGACGUGUGAGACGUCUUGAGAAGAUCUUGUAUUGGCUUGUAUCUUUGAUCUGUAGAGUACAAGAGUGGGAGGUUGGGCGGAAAUUCAAUAAAACACUUAUAAUCUUUUAUCAUUUGGUGCGGUGAGCCGCUCGGACUUCGCGAUCGAGACGAUGACGAGAUUGGAAGAAUCGCUUCAGCGGAUUGGGACGUUGGACACCACUGUCGACGAGUUGUGUUAGACGCCUUCACCGGGCCUUGUACGUUUCCUGUAGACUGCCCUUUUUCCCUUCAAUUCAGUGUCCAUAGGUCCCAAUCUGAUCAUGCUAAGUGUUUAAAACAAACAUGUAGUUAAAACAUAACAUGCUCAGCUUUUAGCAAAGUAAAUGUUGAGAACUCACAUUGUGAAACAGCCACAUUAUGCCAAAACUGUAGACCAGACAGCAAGCCCAGGACACUGCGGCAUUUUCAUCAGCA